AUGUAUAUGCUACUUACUGACAAGGUGUAUGCAUUCAUUUUAGUUCUACCCAAAGUGGAAGCUCAGAAAUCAGAAAAAGAUCAAUCAUGUAUCCUCGGUGAAGACACUCAGAUCUCAUGGAAGUUCAGUGGUAUUGAGAAACCUCAAGUAACAUGGUUUCUCAACGAUCAACCCAUUCCAACAAAUGAUCGCUUUCAAGUGACUGAGAUUGAUGAUGGAACAUCAGAGUUAUCGAUUCAUCAAGCUGAACUUGCCGAUCAAGGUAUCUACACUGCUAUGGCAACCAAUUCUGUGGGCAAAGCGGAAGCAAAAAUCACAUUGUCCAUCAUCAUCAAACCUAUGAUCACAGUUAAUCUCGAUGGUUCAUUGCAAGCUAUAAAAGAGGAAACUAUGACGCUCAAGAUCGUCGCGAGUGGAACACCUAAACCAGACAUUGUGUGGAUGAAAGGAAACAAUGAAAUCAAACCCAAUGAUCGUGUUCACAAAACAACAGAGGACCAUGAUGAUAAUUAUAUAUACACACUGGUAAUCUCGCAUGUAGAACCAGAAGAUCAAGGAGAGUAUUCAGCCAAGAUCUUCAAUAUUGGUGAAUCGCUCGUAUCCAAUAAGUGCAAAGUCACUGUUUCGAAACCACCAAUAUUUGUUGUCAAACCGACAGCACUAACAGUAAAACAAGACGAAAAAGCCUGUUUAAAGAUACAGAUCGAUGGAUAUCCAACACCAAAGAUCAUUUGGCUUCUCAAUGGCAAACAGUUGAAAGCGGAAGAAGGUGUUCAGAUGCAGUUCAAUCCUGUAACUAAUGAAGCCAUGUUGGUUAUUGAAAACGUCGAUCUCGAACAGCAUGCUGGUUCAAUUACUUGUCGUCUCGAGAAUGAAUAUGGCAAUGAAGAAGAAAGGGUUAAACUCGAGAUUCUUGCUGCACCAAUAAUCACCGCGCGGUUGCCACAACAACGAGAGACUGUGACUGGACAAGAUGUCACAUUGAAAGUGGUCGCCAAAGGAUCACCACGACCAUCGGCUCAAUGGUUUUUCAACGAUCAACCUAUUGUAUCAGAGAAUUUAUCAGUAAACGAAGCGAAUAAUGAAUAUCAACUAGUGAUCAAACGAGCAACAAUUGAAAAGAAUGAAGGAGCCUAUCGAAUCGUCUUGAAGAACGACGUUGGUGAAGUGCAUUCGAAUUCAUGUGUAGUUACAGUACUGGAACCAGUAAAAUUGAAACAAGUUGUACCAACAUCGAAUGAAGCUCAAUUAAAGUGUGGCGAAACAUUCGAGAUCACUGUGGAUGUGAGUGGAAAGGAAAUACCGGAAGUUCGACUAAUGAAAGAUGGGGAAGCAAUGCAGUUCACAAAUGUGGAAACAACACGAUACAAAUUCGUAGUGGCUAAUGUACAGCUGCAACAUCAAGGUGUGUAUAUGGUGAUAGCAAAGAACAAAACGUCAACUGAAGAAAUGACUGUUACUCUUAAUGUUACUGGUAAGUUUGCCUGUAUUUCACAAUCAAUUGUUACAAGAUAUAUACCUACUUGUAUAUUUUCAUGA